CCAAUGAGUUUGUGCAGCGCAUCCUCCGGCUUAGCUGAGUUGGGUCCGUCACUUCCUGCCCUAGGAGCCGGCACGGCUGAAGCCGAAAUUUUGGGCAAAAGGGGGGUGGGGACGUUGCGUUGCGUCUGCCACCAACAUGCCCUUUGAUUUCAGGAGGUUUGAUAUUUACAGAAAGGUGCCAAAAGACCUUACCCAGCCAACCUUUACAGGAGCAAUUAUUUCUAUUUGCUGCUGUUUCUUUAUAUUGUUUCUAUUCCUGUCUGAGCUCACUGGAUUCAUAGCCACUGAAAUUGUAAAUGAACUCUAUGUGGAUGAUCCAGACAAAGACAGUGGAGGCAAAAUAGAAGUAAAUUUGAACAUCAGCUUGCCAAGCCUACACUGUGAAUUGAUUGGAUUGGAUAUUCAAGAUGAAAUGGGAAGACAUGAAGUUGGCCAUAUUGAUAACUCAAUGAAAAUUCCUCUGAAUAAUGGAGAUGGAUGCAGAUUUGAGGGUCAUUUCAGCAUCAACAAGGUUCCAGGGAAUUUUCAUAUAUCAACACAUAGUGCCACUGCACAGCCUCAGAAUCCUGAUAUGACACAUGUCAUCCACAAAUUGUCCUUCGGCGACAAACUUCAGGUCCCGAACAUUCAUGGAGCAUUCAAUGCACUAGGGGGAACUGACAGACUCAGUUCAAACCCCCUUGCUUCUCACGAUUAUAUACUGAAGAUUGUUCCUACUGUGUAUGAAGACAUGAGUGGCAAACAGCGCUACUCAUACCAAUAUACUGUAGCCAAUAAGGAAUACGUAGCAUAUAGCCACACAGGUCGCAUUAUUCCAGCCAUUUGGUUUCGCUAUGAUUUGAGCCCUAUUACAGUGAAGUACACAGAAAGACGACAGCCUUUGUACAGAUUUAUCACGACCAUUUGUGCCAUCAUUGGUGGAACAUUUACUGUGGCUGGGAUUCUUGACUCCUGCAUUUUUACAGCCUCUGAAGCCUGGAAGAAGAUCCAACUAGGAAAGAUGCAGUAACAAAGCAGUCUUCAGCCUAGUUGUGUGUGAAGAAGCAUACAAGAAAAAGCCCACAGCUAUCGACUUUUCUUCGUAUCAUUUCAGUUGACACAUGUCACACAAGCCGUUGGAAACAUAAGGGUGCAGAAAGAAAUAAACCUCCCGAACAACCAAUCAUAGUCUUUGAAAGUUAGCAUCAUUUGCAAGGGAAUGUGGUUUUAUAUGUACCAUUGUCAAUCAAUGUUUUUUUUGAAGUUUAUUAUCAUUUAUGAUUUAAGAUUAGAUCCAACAGAUCUAAAGGGUAUAAUUAUGUUUUGAAAUCUCGAAAGGUGACUUUGGAUCAAGAUUUUUAGUUAUGUAACUCAGAUUUUAUCCAAGAAUUACAGAACUCGACAAUCAUACAGCACAGAUAGUCCUCGACAUACAGCCAGUCAUUUAGCAAUUGUUUGAAGUUACGACACAUCUACUUUGGGGCUACUUAUGACCCAUAUUCAAAGUUCCAAUGAUAGGGUCUCCCCCUGUACUCAGGUGACCAAACUUCGGGCAUUUGUUGACCACAUUUGCAGCAAUUUGUGGCAUCCGCAUUUAUGAUGAUUUGGGGCAAAAACUGGAAGUUAUUUUCAAUUUUUGGCAAAACUACAUUGAUAGUGAACCACUGGUUUGCUUAAUGACCAUGGUAUUCUCUUAAUGACCGCAGUGGCUGCUUUAUGACCACAGCAUUUGUUUUAUGACUCAUGAUUUAUGACCGUGAUGACCAGGCUCCAUUAUGAUCAUAACUUAACGACUACCUGUACUGUUUUUACUGAACAAUAAUAUUGAUUUCAAUAUUUAAACAAUAUUUCAUUUUGUUUAAAAAAAACUAACCCAAAUGUUCAGAACAGUCUAUUGAUCUUUUUGCAUUAUGUAUUUUCCAGAUGAAUAGAAACAAAGAACCUGUGAACUUGUUAUCUUUUUGGCAGCUGAGAAACUUUUCCUGGGUGAUGGUUUAAAAUGGGUCCGCAACCUGUGCAUGCACUCACCUUUACACACUCGUGCUAGCGCCACCCUGAGCAUCCCGCCAGCGCUAGUGCCGCCCCGCCCCCAAACUUCCUACUGGCGCUAGUGCCACCCUGAGCAUCCCACUGCUGCUAGCGCCGCCCUGCCCCACUCCUGAGUGUCCCACCGGCUCUAGUGCCGCCCUGUGCAUCCUGCCAGCGCUAGCGUCGCCCUGCCCUCAAGCAUCCCACCCAUACUAGCGCCGCCCCAAGCAUCCCGCCGGCGCUAGCGCUGCUCCGCCCCAGAGUGUCCCACUGGCACUAGUGCUGACCAUAGCGUCCCGCCAGCGCUAGCCAUUUGCUAGCGCACAUGUAGUGGUGCCUGCCUCCCUUUCCGGGCUGCCAAAUCAAAAAGGUUGGAGACCUCUGGUUUAAAAGGUUUAAUCUUCCCAGGAUUUGAUUCUCUAGCAGCAGAAAGAUGAUAGUAAUACUUUUAUUCUUCUGGAAGGUUGAAAUAUUUGUACUUAUUUUCCAACAAUAUUUGAUCAAUAAUAGAAGUGGCCUAAAACAAUAGAAACAAUUAGAAAAAAUAAGGAGUAUAAAUAAGUCUCAUUUGUAAAUAAGGCAGAUUAUAUGUUUUUGUAUUUGUGAGAUUUCUCUCUUACUUUUUGAAAUACAGAUCAUUCAGCUGCCUAGGUCAAUAUUUUUAAUUUAAAAGAAAAGCGAUGAAGACAACACUCCAAUUGGUCAAUACUCCAAUAGGUUAGAAGAGCAUCAUGUUAAAAUAGAGGAAUGUCUUCCAUAAAUACUGAAAAUACAGGAAGUUAUCUUUAUCUUUUGGAAAUCAAGUCAUUGCACAAUAAGAUGCUCAUCUUUGAAAUGUUAAUUUCCAAGAAAUUUCUACUUUGCUGAUUCUUAAGAGAUAAGUACCACACUGUAUAAAAGGAAACACAUUUUGUACGUGAACAUUUUCUUCUGUAUCUGUUCUGAGUAUAAAAUAAUUUUUUAUUCCAUUCUGCAGGGAGUAGGGAGACAAAAUGAUAAGGCAAAUAUUGUGCAUGUUAAUAAUUUUUAUAUGAUGUUGGCAUUGAUUUAUAGGGACUUUCAAUAGAACCCACCAAUUUUCAUAACUACAAAUCUUUUGAUAUACAGCAUGACUCAUAAUUUGGGAAUGCUUUGUACAUUUUAUAAUCACCUAAGAUGGAUGCAAAUGAUGUAUUCUCUAGCUUUUCUGUACCCUUAAAAAGAAACAGUAAGAUUACUGAUACUACAGUUUGGAAACAGUCAUUAUUUCCUGUCAGAAUAAUAUGUGUGAUCUUUUAAGGGUGACCUUUUAAAAUUUGAAAGUAUCAAAUCAAUAUGCUCUGAUUAAAUUGCUUUGGGCCAGAAAUCCUU